AUGUCUCCAACGUUCGGCUCUCGCGAACGGGCGAUUGCCCCUCCGCGAGUGGCGCCCCCCGUCGCCGGCGGUCGUGACGCGGCGCCUGCUGCCCCUGGCCCCUUGGCUGCCGUGCUCGGCGCGCCUGCGCCCGCUGCAGCUCCAGCUCCUGUCGUCGUGCCGGCCUCCAAUGCCGCGCCCGGCGUGUCUGCUACGACUCCUUCCUUCGCGUCGGCUCCCAAUGCCGCGCCUGCUCCUCCCGCCGCACUGGACGUGCCUGCGGCUGACUUCUGGGAGCGGGCUGCCGCUGAUCUAAAAGUUGCGUUUGAUUUCCUCACGCCGCCGUCUUUUCGUGCUCGUCUGGACUCCCUCGUGGGUUCCUAUGCUGAUAUCUUUGGUGAUCUCUGUGCGUCAGGUUACUCUGAAGCUGAAGCUUUCCAAUCCAUCUGCCUUCAAGAUGCCUCCCGGCGGGCGGCUGGUGUUGCCUUGGUCGCGGAGAUGGCGGCCUUCCUCCGUGCCCACCCUGAGUUCCUCCUGACGCAUUCUCUUCCUGGCCCGCCGCCCGGCGCGCCGUCCUCGGCUUUCACCUCCGUGCUUCCCGGCUCUGGUCUCGGAUGGUGGGAGGAAGUUCGCGCGUUCGAUCUUCCUUCGUCACAGUCAGCCUGUUCAUCCUUUGUCCAGUGA